AUGCCCCUGCUGCCCGCGGCGCUCACCAGCAGCAUGCUCUAUUUCCAGAUGGUGAUCAUGGCAGGGACGGUGAUGCUGGCGUACUACUUCGAGUACACCGACACGUUCACCGUGAACGUGCAGGGCUUCUUCUGCCACGACAGCGCCUACCGCAAGCCCUACCCGGGCCCGGAGGACAGCAGCGCCGUGCCCCCCGUGCUCCUCUACUCGCUGGCCGCCGGGGUCCCCGUGCUCGUGAUAAUAGUUGGAGAAACUGCUGUGUUUUGCCUACAACUAGCCACACGGGACUUUGAAAACCAGGAGAAAACUAUUUUAACUGGAGAUUGUUGCUAUAUAAACCCACUGGUGCGGCGAACUGUACGAUUUCUGGGUAUUUAUACAUUUGGGCUAUUUGCUACAGAUAUCUUUGUAAAUGCUGGGCAAGUAGUUACCGGGAAUUUGGCUCCACAUUUUCUUGCCCUGUGUAAGCCCAACUAUACAGCACUUGGAUGUCAGCAGUAUACACAGUUCAUCAGCGGGGAAGAGGCCUGCACGGGCAACCCAGAUCUCAUCAUGAGAGCAAGGAAAACGUUUCCAUCCAAAGAAGCGGCUCUCAGUGUCUAUGCAGCUAUGUAUCUGACAAUGUACAUCACCAACACAAUCAAAGCCAAAGGAACAAGACUUGCUAAGCCCGUUUUAUGUUUGGGCUUAAUGUGUUUGGCCUUUCUUACUGGACUCAACAGAGUAGCAGAAUAUCGAAAUCAUUGGUCCGAUGUGAUAGCAGGCUUUCUGGUUGGAAUAUCUAUAGCAGUAUUUCUGGUUGUGUGUGUGGUAAAUAAUUUCAAAGGAAGACAACCAGAAAAUGAACAUCUCCACAUGGAUAACCUGGCACAGAUGCCAAUGAUCAGCAUUCCUCGCGUAGAAAGUCCUUUGGAAAAGGUAACAUCUGUACAGCUACAUCCACCACUGCCCAGCCAUAGUCUGUAUUUCCCAGCUACCAUUGCAGUCAGACGUGACCGUGCAGCUAAGUUUAGAACAAUGGGAUGUAAGCAGAAGUGGGAACUUGGCAGUGCAGAUCUGCCUGAUACAGAUCCUCAGUUGAGGAGUUUUGCCAGCCCUGGAGCCUGGUUUCUCCACAGCCAGGUGAGAAACGAGGUGAUAGCAUCACCUAUUACAGAGAGUUCUUCCAGCCCCCUUGGUCCAGAAAGGCGGCUACAACUCCUGGAAGCAGUGCAGCCCAGCUGUGCUUGCUCCGAGAGAACCACAUCACCGCCUUUGCAGAAGUCACAUGAUAUUGAAGCAGACGGAAAUGGAUAUGAAAAGGAUGAUUAUAAUGUCUUUGGAGGCAGGAUUACCAUUGGCCAAGGAAGUCCAAAGACCAGCCCGUAUACAAGGACUGGAGGAGCAGCUGGCAAGUCACAUUGCAAAGAGGCGGAUACAAAGAUGGGCGGAGAAUAA